AUGGCCGCCGCCGGCAUUCAGAGCCGAAAGAGGCUCCUGAAAGACGAAGACAUGACCAAGGUGGAGUUCGAGACCAGCGAGGAAGUGGACGUCACCCCCACGUUCGACACCAUGGGCCUGCGGGAGGACCUGCUUCGCGGCAUAUACGCUUACGGCUUCGAGAAGCCGUCGGCCAUCCAGCAGCGAGCCAUCAAGCAGAUCAUCAAAGGCAGAGACGUCAUCGCUCAGUCCCAGUCAGGAACGGGAAAGACGGCCACCUUCUGCGUGUCGGUGCUGCAGUGUCUCGACAUCCAGAUAAGGGAGACCCAGGCCCUGAUCCUGGCGCCCACCAGGGAGUUGGCCGGACAGAUCCAGAAGGUGCUGUUGGCACUCGGUGACUACAUGAACGUUCAGUGCCACGCGUGCAUCGGCGGGACCAACGUGGGGGAGGACAUCAGGAAGUUGGACUUUGGCCAACACGUUGUGUCGGGAACCCCCGGCAGAGUCUUUGACAUGAUCCGACGCAGGAGUCUGCGCACGCGCGCCAUUAAAAUGCUGGUCCUGGACGAGGCUGACGAGAUGCUCAACAAAGGGUUCAAAGAGCAGAUCUACGACGUGUACCGCUACCUGCCUCCCGCCACGCAGGUGGUCCUCAUCAGCGCCACGCUGCCUCACGAGAUCCUGGAGAUGACCAACAAGUUCAUGACCGACCCCAUCCGGAUCCUGGUCAAGCGUGAUGAGUUGACCUUGGAGGGAAUCAAGCAGUUCUUUGUGGCGGUGGAGCGCGAAGAGUGGAAGUUCGACACCUUGUGCGACCUUUACGACACGCUCACCAUCACGCAGGCCGUCAUCUUCUGCAACACCAAGCGCAAGGUGGACUGGCUGACGGAGAAAAUGCGCGAGGCCAACUUCACCGUCUCGUCCAUGCACGGGGACAUGCCGCAGAAGGAACGCGAAUCCAUCAUGAAGGAGUUCCGCUCCGGAGCCAGUCGCGUGCUGAUCUCCACAGACGUGUGGGCGCGCGGUCUGGACGUUCCCCAGGUCUCUCUGAUCAUCAACUACGACCUGCCCAACAACAGAGAGUUGUACAUCCACAGGAUCGGCCGCUCGGGUCGCUACGGCCGCAAAGGCGUGGCCAUCAACUUCGUCAAGAACGACGACAUCAGGAUCCUGCGGGAUAUCGAGCAGUACUACUCCACGCAGAUCGACGAGAUGCCCAUGAACGUUGCCGAUUUAAUCUGA